GACCCGAGAAUAGAGCAGCGGGUCGAGCUGCGCUGCUCAAAGAUCGAAAAAUGGACUCUUGUCAUUGAAGAUUUUACAUUUCCAGCUCGUUUUAUUCUGCUGCCACGUGUGCCUGAACCCCCCUGCUUUGUUUGGGCCUGUGAGAGCUGAGGCCGGGAAAAAAGGGAACCACCUGGUGGCACAUGACGUCCCCGUGUGUGUUUCCUCUGUACUGAUUUAUGGUUCAGCGUUACGGUGCGCGUCGCUGCGUAUCCAACGCCGUAGCCUACGCCGUACCCUACGCCGUAGGCUCUGUGUCGAUUUAACGCAGCACCAUAAUUCAGGCUGUAGUUGUUCCGUCCUCGGUCCGUCCCGGGGGCUUCAUAGAUAUGCUUCGUAAAUGUUUUUGCUGAUUUGACAUAUAUGUUAAAAUCAUCUCAAUCUGCACAAACUCUGCCAGUAAAAUGAAAGCUCUCAGGCGGUGUGUCGCGACUGUCCUCGAGUGGAUGAGCGUGUGGUUGAACUAUGGUCUCGCACGACUUUUGGGUGCUUUUUUCCCGAGAAUCAGCACCUGGAUACCGUCUCCGGGCCUCGGGCCCGGGGCACUGGCUCAGUCCGAGCCGGAGGAGUGGACGACUGACCAGGCGCUCCGCACAUAUCACCAUGGAGACGACCGCGAAACCAUGGUAACCAUCCAAACCAGCACACACGCCUUUCAUGUGGACCUCCAAAGGCUGUCUGAGAGCAGUGAAUACUUCCGCGGCCUGUCCCAGUCCAGCAUGAGGGAGACCUGCGAGAGCCUCAUCCACCUGGACCACGUCACCUCCUCCACUUUCCACAAUCUCCUUGAGUUCUACUUCAAUCACGUUUUCAAAGUUACUCCCCAAGAGCUGGGAGAACACAUCCAGGUAAGCAGCUAUCUCCUGGCCGAGGCCUUCCUCCAGAGAUGCUUGUCAGCCUUGGCCGAUGACCUCAGUCCGUCAAACUGUUUGUCAUACCUGAGUCUUGCUGACAGCAUUGCCUGCGCAGAGUUGAAGAUGACCGUAUUCUCAUACCUCAGCAGAAACCUCCUGGAGCUGCCACAGAUCCUCAGACUUCUGAAUAAUGAGGAGAGGAAGGAUGUUGUGAACUUGAGGAUACAAGGAGAGCGACACGUGUGCAGCCUCAGGAAAGAAAACCUGACUUCUUGGAAAGAUCCGGAAACGGGGCAUGCCCGACACAUUUUCACCCUAGGAGAGGACGGCGGAGAAUGGCGCCCGGUGUCAGAGCUUCCUUUCAGGGCGGAUAAGUGGUGUUUUACCACGGUGGUGCUGUACAACUACCUGUAUGUGAUCGGGGGCUACAGGCAGCGGAUGAGGAGAGGCUGGGAGUUCAAGAUGGCUUCCUUUAGGUAUAACCCCUUUACUCAUUCAUGGGUCACCACCUCACCUCUGAUAAAGCAACGGAGGCAUUUCAGUGCAGUGGCCUGUGAAGGCUGUAUUUACGCCGUGGGAGGCUGGUAUUUGGACUCGUUGGUGACCCCAGACUCCAACACAGCUCUCUACACAGCUGUGGAGUGCUAUGAUCCAUGGGAGGACGUGUGGAGGUUCGUGUCCUCUCUGCCACUCACGGACUUCCGGUUCACCAUGUCCUUAUCUCACGACGUCCCUCUUGCCACCACCCUUGGCCACUGCGUCUACGUGCUGGGGAGCAUCCAGAGGACCGGAGAGAAGUUACUGCUGCAGUACAACACGAGGCAAGACUCCUGGUCUGAAUUGCUUCCCACCCUUACCAGGGCAGAUGCGGACCUCCCUACCCUUUACUUCCUGGGGGCUACCAACAAGCUGUUCGUGAUCGGUGGGAACAACUCUGAGAAUGUGGUGACAUCCUUCUGCGUGCAGUCAAAGAAGUGGGGACAAGUGCACAGAGCAGAGAAAGUGGCGUACGCAGGACAGGGGACACUUGCAGAUGAGCACUUCUUCAUGCCCAGCAUACAACACAACAGCAUCACACGGAUGGAUCUCCAGACGCUCUCUGUUACAGCGCUGCCUCCUUUACCCGUCUCCACUCGUUACGAGGCUACCUUUCAUCUACACUUCUGAUAUCAUAGUUAUCCAUUAUGCACAUAAGGUAUUAUGUGCUUGUUUUUGUGGCUAAAUGUCACAACAUUUCAAGCGUUCUUUGAGAUUAAUUUCUCUGGUGAACUAUAUGUUUUAUGCUUAAAAUGUUGCUGUACUGUCUUAAAGUAUAUAUCCAAAGACAGGAUACCAGAGCCUCUGUAUGGACUUUGACUGACUUUACAGUGGGAAUUCAUAACUUUUAGUCAGUUUGUUACGUCAAAUGCAAAAUCAAAAUAACUUUAUUAAUCCAUCAGGAACUGGUGAGGGACGUUUUGUGAAGCGUCUCUCAACGGGACUGGCACAUACGGGGAUACUCACAGAAUAGACUGCACAGAAUCAGCCCAAAGAUUUGAAAUGAAUGAGAUAAUAAAGU